UGCCUCAGCCGGGGGCGGGGUCUCGCCGCCCCUCGGCUCUGACGCUCUUUCCGCUUCCGGCGGCGGCAGCGAGCGGAGACGAUGUCGUCCCACCUGCAGUGGAUGGUGCUGAGGAACUGCUCCAGCUUCCUGCUCAAGAGGAACAACCAGACCUACAGCACGGAACCCCACAAUCUCAAGUCCCGUCACUCCUUCCGCUAUAAUGGACUCAUCCAUCGCAAGUCUGUGGGGGUGGAACCAGCUCCGGACGCCAAAGGCAUCGUCGUGGUGCUCAAGAAGCGCACGGGCCAGCGCAAACCCUCCUCCUCCUCCUCGCGCAUCUCCAUCCAUCGCGACGCUCGAGCCACACUCCGGAGCCUGCGGAACAUCAUCCGCAAGAACCGCUACCGCCGGGACCUGCGCAUGGCUGCCCUGCGUCGUGCCAGUGCCAUCCUGCGCAGCCAGAAGCCAGUGGUGAUGAAGAAGAAGAGGGUCCGGGCGGCGAAGGCUCCGUGAACACCCCAUUGACCCCCCCCCAUUGACCCCCAUUGAUUCCCAUU